UCGCCUCUUCCUGCCGGGCGGCCGCGUCCCCGCCCCGCUCGCUCCCUCCGCCCUCCCGGGCUCCGCGGCCGCCGCCGACGAGCGAACGGGACGGGACGGGCCCGCGGAGCCGCGCGCCGAUCGGCGGAGUUACGGGGCCCUGUCGGCGCGGCCGGAGCAGGUGGAUGUGGGAAGAGAAGUUUGCAGAAGUGAAAUGGAGGUCAGAGCUUCAUUACAGAAGGUUAGUGGGUCAUCGGAUUCUGUGGCUACACUGAACAGUGAAGAAUUUGUUUUGGUUCCUCAGCAUGCAGAUGAAACUACUACAAAAUAUGACGAAAAGCCUCAGCUGAAGAUAGUUUCUAAUGGUGAUGAACAAUUGGAAAAAGCCAUGGAGGAGAUACUGAGAGAUUCUGAGAAAGGGCAGAGCAGUCCUCUUGGUGAUUAUCAGAGUUCCAGUGAGAUUUCAGACUAUUCGUUUGGAGAUGUUUCAGCCAGUCAAGCUCAUAAGCCAUCUCUUCAGUUAAUUUUGGAUCCAUCAAAUACAGAAAUUUCUACACCCAGACCAUCUUCUCCAAGUGGAUUGCCUGAAGAAGAUAGUGUUUUAUUUAACAAGCUGAUCUACUUAGGCUGUAUGAAGAUUUCUUCUCCACGUAAUGAAGUGGAGGCUUUACGUGCAAUGGCAACUAUGAAAUCUUCCAGUCAGUACCCUUUUCCUGUUACUCUCUAUGUGCCAAAUGUUCCAGAAGGCUCAGUGAGAAUUAUCGACCAAUCUAGAAAUAAGGAGAUAGCAUCCUUUCCGAUCUAUAAGGUGGUUUUCUGUGCACGUGGACAUGAUGGAACGUCGGAGAGCAACUGUUUUUCAUUUACGGAGAGUUCGCACGGUUCAGAAGAAUUUCAGAUACAUGUUUUCUCCUGUGAAAUUAGAGAGGCAGUAAGCAGAAUUUUAUAUAGUUUCUCUACAGCAUUCAAACGUUCUUCAAGACAAGUAUCUGAUGUUAAAGACUCAGUUAUCCCUACUCCUGACAGUGACGUGUUUACCUUCAGUGUCUCCUUGGAGGUCAAAGAAGAUGAUGGAAAAGGGAACUUUAGUCCUGUGCCUAAAGAUAGAGAUAAGUUUUAUUUCAAAUUAAAACAAGGAAUAGAGAAGAAGGUUGUGAUCACAGUGCAACAGCUUUCCAACAAAGAACUAGCUAUUGAACGAUGUUUUGGAAUGUUAUUAAGCCCGGGGCGAAAUGUGAAGAACAGUGACAUGCAUUUACUGGAUAUGGAAUCCAUGGGCAAGAGCUAUGACGGGAGAGCUUACGUGAUCACUGGCAUGUGGAACCCCAAUGUACCAAUAUUUCUGGCCCUUAACGAAGAAACCCCAAAAGAUAAACGAGUGUACAUGACGGUGGCCGUGGAUAUGGUUGUGACGGAGGUGGUCGAGCCUGUCCGCUUCCUCCUGGAGACUUUGGUUCGAGUGUACCCUGCAAAUGAGCGAUUUUGGUAUUUCAGCCGGAAGACUUUCACAGAGACUUUCUUCAUGAAGUUGAAACAGUCUGAGGGGAAAGGCCACACCAGUGCUGGAGAUGCCAUUUAUGAGGUGGUGAGUCUCCAGCGAGAGUCUGAGAAGGAGGAACCGGUCACUCCUACAAGCGCAGGUUGUCCAUUGUCACCUCAGGAGGAUGAAGUGGAAGAGGAAAGUGAUAAUGAACUCUCAAGCGGGACAGGUGACGUGUCUAAGGAUUGUCCUGAGAAGAUCCUGGAUUCUUGGGGAGAAUUGCUAGGAAGAUGGCACAAUAAUCUUAGCGUACGGCCAAAAGGGCUCUCCACUCUGGUGAGGAGCGGGGUCCCCGAAGCAUUGAGGGCAGAGGUGUGGCAAUUAUUAGCAAAUUGCCAUGACAACGAGGCAAUGCUGGAUAAAUACCGACUUCUCAUCACAAAGGACUCAGCCCAGGAGAGCGUCAUUACUAGAGAUAUUCAUCGCACGUUUCCUGCACACGAUUACUUUAAGGAUACUGAAGGGGAUGGCCAGGAAUCACUCUACAAGAUAUGCAAGGCGUACUCCGUCCACGAUGAAGACAUCGGCUACUGCCAAGGACAGUCUUUCCUCGCCGCGGUCCUGCUGCUGCACAUGCCAGAGGAACAAGCAUUCUGUGUUUUAGUGAAAAUCAUGUAUGAUUAUGGUUUAAGAGAGCUCUACAAAAACAACUUUGAAGAUCUUCACUGCAAAUUUUAUCAGUUGGAGAGACUAAUGCAGGAGCAGCUGCCGGACCUGUACACCCAUUUUUCUGAGCUGAACCUGGAAGCUCACAUGUAUGCCUCCCAGUGGUUCCUCACUCUCUUCACUGCCAAGUUCCCGCUCUGCAUGGUCUUCCACAUCAUUGACUUACUGCUCUGUGAGGGUCUGAAUGUCAUCUUCCACGUGGCGUUGGCUCUCCUCAAGACCUCAAAGGAAGAUCUUCUGCAGGCUGAUUUUGAAGGUGCUUUAAAGUUCUUCAGAGUCCAGCUUCCAAAGAGAUACAGGGCCGAGGAAAAUGCGAGAAGACUGAUGGAACAGGCUUGCAACAUCAAGGUUCCAACCAAGAAGCUAAAGAAAUAUGAGAAAGAAUACCAGGCCCUGCGGGAGAGCCAAAUGCAGCAGGAAGACCCCAUGGACAGAUACAAGAGGGAGAACCGGAGGCUGCAGGAGGCCAGCAUGAGGCUGGAGCAGGAGAACGAUGACCUCGCCCACGAGCUCGUCACCAGCAAGAUCGCGCUGAGGAACGACCUGGACCAGGCGGAGGACAAGGCAGACGUGCUGAACAAGGAGCUGCUCCUCACGAAGCAGAGGCUGGUGGAGACGGAGGAGGAGAAGCGGAAGCAGGAGGAGGAGACGGCCCAGCUGAAAGAAGUCUUCCGGAAACAGUUGGAGAAGGCCGAGUACGAGAUCAAGAAGACGACAGCCAUCAUCGCCGAGUACAAGCAGAUCUGUUCCCAGUUGAGCACCAGGCUGGAGAAGCAGCAGGCGGCCAGUAAGGAGGAGCUGGAAGUGGUGAAGGGUAAGAUGAUGGCGUGUAAACACUGCAGCGACAUCUUCAGCAAGGAAGGCACUUUGAAACCCGCCGCCGGGAGCAGGGAAGACCGGGCGGUGGAAUCCGAUGACGAGAAGGAUUCGCUGAAGAAGCAGCUGAGGGAGAUGGAGCUGGAGCUGGCACAGACCAAACUACAGCUGGUAGAGGCCAAGUGCAAAAUCCAGGAGCUCGAACACCAGCGAGGAACCCUCAUGAACGAAAUCCAAGCGGCCAAGAACUCCUGGUUUAGCAAAACCCUGAACUCGAUCAAAACGGCCGCGGGCACUCAGCCCCUGCCGCCCCCUCCGGGGAGCCAGCCCCCCAAAGAGAGUACCUAGUUCCCACCCGUUUCUGCACAAGAGCACAACGAUCAAAGCGACGGAAACCCACGCGGCCUAUCCCUGCGUCCCUGAGACAAGGUCAUGGAGGCCCGAAGCCAGCCAGCACAUCUCAGUAGCUCCCUCUCCGCCCACGACCUUCCCGGGGGCCGCACUCGGCGCCCGGUUUCUGCUGCGUGGCGUGUUUGAGUCCCCCGCGGGGAAGGUCCCGCCAGAGCAUCCGUGUUUGCACAUUUGUUUUCUCUGCCUGACUUGUGUUGGAAAUUCAGUCACUUCAGAACUAAAUUACUUUUGGCUUCGAAUGACCCCGUAGUUCUUUGCAUCGCUCCUAAGAGUCAUCCCAGUCGUUAAAGUGACAGGAAACUCUCACAGCCAGUCACUCUAUCGCGGUCAUCCUGUGUCGAUCAUCGAUCUGCUCCGAGCGAGCGCCAGUAACGUCUCCAUUCAUCCUAGCCCUGAGAUCUUAGCAGCCUCUCCUAUCAGUGAUAGAGGAGAUUGUAACCAAACCCUCUUCGUUUUCAGGAUUUAGAGGACACUGUUGGGGGUGGGGGGUGGGGGGGUGGUCAGGUUCUUCUGGAAUAACUAGGCCCUGGACAGAGGCCAUCCUGUCCCCAGAGAAGGGCCCUGGGAUGGAACGGUCCCCAAAGAGAAUUCUUUCCUGUGAGGUGAGAAUGAGGAUAUACACUAGAGAACAGGAACCUGCCGGAGUCCAGCUCCGGAAUGAAGACCACCGACUCAGAGAUGAUGUGUUGACCAGCAGCUAUCGAGGCUGAAGGCCCCGUUUAUUCUCAAGCAAGCAGUUUUAUAUUAUUUACAUACCUUGGCCCAGGCACGUAGCCAAGUCAAAGGAUGCUCUCAUGAGUUAGACAUAUUUUGUGUUUGUCUCAAGAUGUUCUCAUUAAAAAAUACCAAGUCAGAUUAUUCCCAAGGUUACUUAGAGCACGAGGAGUAUGUACGUGCAGGAUGUGUCCUGCUUAUCUUGCUGGUAGGUUUUACCUUCAAGGCCCCUCUUUCAAGAGGCCCUCUGCACAGGACUCUCCCAAGCCCCCAGUGCAGGUCAUACAAAGUUCAUUGUCCCACGCUGGUCUCUAGUCUCUAGUCUAUGUGCUCCAAGCAAUCCCACUACAGGAACCGGGGUUCCAACCCACACAGGAGAGAAGGAAUCACUGACCCCCACCUCCUAACAGACCUUUAAGAACCCGACCUAGAGGUUGCGCAUUCCUGAGCGUCCUGCUUAGGAAGAGAGAUCUGACUUCCUGUGAAUGGUGUCACAGAAGGUUCUGGAAGCACUCUGCCCAAUGGUGGCUCUACCAUAGAGAACAAAACCAGGGGGUGUUUUUCAUUUUUUUUGUUGUUGUUGUUGACAUAUAUUUGCUAAGGAAACACUACCAUUCUGUAACGUCACUAAAGUUAGGAAAUAAGGAAUGGAGAUCCGAGUCACAUCACAGUCCAACGGUUAGGCCGCUUCUCCCAGUUUCUGUAGCUCCUUAAAAACUGGAUUCUGUCCGGGGCCGAAGCGAUAGCACAGCGGAUAGGGCAUUUGCCUUGCACGCGGCCGACCCGGGUUCGAUCCCCGGCAUCCCAUAGGGUCCCCCAAGCACUGCCAGGAGCAAUUCCUGAGUGCAAAGCCAGGAGUAACCCCUGAGCAUCGCUGGGUGUGACCCAAAAAGAAAAUAAAAAAUGGACUCUGUCCUCCUCGAAGGAGAGGUAUCAGUGCAUUUGUAACAUUUUUUGAUCCAAGAGUCAAACUUUUCUAGGAAUACUCAUCUCACGGAAAGGUAAAGGAAUUGUUUACAAGUGGACGGAAAUAUUCUUUUUCGACUUGAUUUAACGUGUCUAUCGAUUGAAAUAGCCCUUGCAGGAAGUCCUUGAUUUUCAUUAAGGGCAAAAGUGAGACCCCUUUUCUAAGCUAUUUUGGAGGCUUUUGCUUUUUUUUUUUUUUAAAUGCCAAUCAAACUACUGUCACUUAUGGGUAGAGACGUUCAUUAGUCCUCCUUCCUUCAUUCAGCCUCUCCUUUUGCAGAAGAUUCCUCUGUGAAAUAUGUCGCAAAAUUCAAAGCGACACAUUCACAGUUGAAAUCGGAGUCGAGCCUUCGUGGCCCAGAGUGUUGCACUGCAGUGAAUCCAGGGGACUCUGGCCUCAAAACAGACCUGGGGGUUUGCGCCCCUCUAACCUGAGGUGGGUGUCUGUUAGCCAUUGUCCAGUCAUCAGAUAUUUUUCUUAAUGGCUUUUUUGUGUGUGUGCGUGCCGCAUCUUUGAACUGGAAUACGAAUGCUCUUGUGCGGCCAUUCCCCAGGUGAAGGUGAGGGACACUGAUGCUGUGAUGUCACCUGGUGAUUGAGCAGAUCCUUCCCAUGGGUGAGGCCCUGGGCUCAGUCUGAUACCAUUCCCCCUCCCCCCAUACCAUCUGAUUCUUUUCUUUCCACCCCCCCUCCCCGAUUUUUGGGUCACACCCGGUGAUGCUCAGGGGUUCCUCCUGGCUCUGCACUCAGGAAUCACUCCUGGCAGUGCUCAGGGGACCCUAUGGGAUGCUGGGAAUCGAACCGGGGUCGGCCUCGUGCCAGGCCAACGCCCUCCCCGCUGUGCUAUCGCUCCAGCCUCUGAUACUUUUCUUGCAUAGGUAAUGGAAAUUAUUUAGUAUAACGUGUUCACUUUGCUGGUCGUGAUGCUUCUGUCCCAAGAAGUCUUGCACAAGUGGCCUCGUUGCAAGUGGCCAGCCAAACUCGAAUGUUCUUUCCUAUUCUGUGACGCCAAGUUCUCCAGAGCUUCCUUCAUCUCCCCCAAACCAGUACGUGCCGCCAAAUGCCUCGCCCGCACCCUCACCCACUCCCUCGCCCUCAGUUUAGCUGAGGAGAGACGGAAGGGGCUCCUGUCCGCUAGCCUGUGGGCACGACUCACCUUCCUAAUCCCUCCUUUUUUUUUUUCUUUAAACAAAAUUAUCAGGCACUUACAUUCCAAGCUGUCUUGAAGUUUCUUUUAAAUCUAUCAAAAUAUGUUAAUGCCAACGUAAUAGAUUCCCUUUCUGCUCUGUUCCUUUUUUUUUUUUUUUUGCUUUUUGGGUCACACCUGGCGAUGCUCAGGGGUUCCUCCUGGCUCUACACUCAGGAAUUACUCCUGGCGGUGUUCAGGGGACCCUAUGGGAUGCUGGGAAUCGAACCCGAGUCGGCUGCGUGCAAGGCAAAUGCCCUCCCCACUGUGCUAUUGCUCCGGUCCCUGAACUAGAAUGAUUCUUCCUUGCUUUUCUUUUCUUUUUUGCUUUUUGGGUCACACCUGGCGAUGCUCAGGGGUUCUUCCUGGCUCUGCACUCAGGAAUCACUCCUGUUGGUGCUCGGGGGACCCUAUGGGAUGCUGGUAAUCGAACCCAGGUCGGCCACGUGCAAGGCAAACGCUCUCCCCGCUGUGCUAUCACUCCAGCUCUGUUCCUGUUUUAAGGCAACUUAAUGAAUGGGCGCCAUAUCUCUGAACAGUCCCUCCCAGUGAGGGGAUACUCCCCGUCUGCGUCGGUAGCUAGAGUCGAGAUAAAAAGGAAAGGUUUUAUUUUGUUUUGCUUUGGGGGCCCCAUCCAGCAGUGCUCAGGGUUUACCCCUGGCUCUGCACUCAGGGAUCACUCCUGGCAGGCUCCGGGGACCACACUGGGUGCAGGGGAUCAGACCUGGGGUGGCCGUGUGCAAGGCAAGUGCCCUCCCCACUAUACUCUCGCUCUGGCCCCGAAAUAAAAAGAAAACUCAAAACUUGGUAUCUAGGAUGAUUAUUCCAAAUAUAAUCACCCUAUGUACCCAUACCACUCUCCCAAACCACAGAUCUUUCAUUAUGCAUGGUUUGAGAAUUCCUAUACAUUUAUCUAUUUAUUUUUUUCCAGAAAGGGAUCAGGCAGUUCAGAUAUCCAGGAAGGGAAAUAAUCCUACAAUUCAUCGUAGAGAACAUUCCUCCAGAAAUUCAACAUUCUGAAAAGAAAUGAUUUUUUUCCUUUUCACUAAAUUCUUCAGAACGAUUUAAGGAGUGAAAUUUCACCUGGUGAUUCAGUUCAUUGCCUUUUCUAUUCUGAGACGGUUGCUUAAUGUUAUUUAAUUCAUUCUUUAAGGACAAAAGCAACUAAGUUUGCAGUGCAUAUGUUUGCUGGGCCCACAUCUUGAGCCGUGGCCAAAAUGGUUUUAUUUAGGUACAUUAGAAUUCAAGGCAAAGAAAUUCUCAGUUCCCUAACGUCUGUAUGACUGUCUGUCAGAAACCCGAAUGGUCCCACUAAGCCUAACUUUCUAUCCAACCAUUUUCUCUCCCAUCUAUGAAGUUAUUUCUUUUUGGCCUUUCUUAAAUUUCCCUAGUGACGUAGAAAAGCAGUCUUUGUGUGUGUGUUGAGGUGUUUCAUUUUUUUAAAAUCACUUUCAUACUCUGAAUCAAUAUUUAUUUUUCUUCCAACGCUUCCGUUUUCUUAAAAUAUUUCCUAGUUAAUAACCAGUGGCUUUAUUUCCUUGCUAAAGUAAGAAGACCAAAAGGAGAGUUUAGGGCAUAAGAGUCGGAGACCCUCAAAGGAGUUAAGCUACUGUAAUGAGGUAAGGGGCUUUCUUUUUCUUUUCUUUUUUUCUUGUUGGCAUUUUUGGUCCCACCUGGUGAUGCUCAGGGGUUCCUCCUGGCUCUGCACUCAGGAAUUACUCCCGGCAGUGCUCGGGGGACCCUAUGGGAUGCCAAGAAUCGGACCCGGGUCAGCUGUAUAUAAGGCAAAUGCCUUCCCCCUUCUACUGCUCCAGCCCCAUCUCUUUUUCUUUAGCCGGACAGCCCACCCACUUCCGCUAACAAGGUGACUGUCCCCUUUCAAGGUUAAAUAAGGAGCAUCUGAAAAAUAACCUUUAUCCUCCCUGGAAAGAGCACUUUUAGUGAGCAGGCUGAUUCCAUGGCAUGGUUUUAGCAAGGGCUCCAAGUCCCAAGAGAGAACGGACAAACUCCAAAUUGGAACACUGGCGUGUGUCCGCUGGUAAGACUCUUUAGGGUGCCCUUGUUCGAGAAAUCCGGGCGCAUACCCAGUGUCGCAGAGGUGAUGAGGGUGGACUGACAAGAGGGAGAAGGCACCGCUCCCCUAGCUCAAGCCACAUGGAGGGAAACAGCUUAAGAGUCCCCAAACGCUCCCAGAAUGCAUCUUCAGGGUAGGUGGCACCUCUCAAGGGCACAAUCUGGAAUUGGAAGUUCAAGACCAGGCUGCCCGUCCUUCUCUCCCUACUUCCGCCAGAAAGAUGCCACUUCAGUAGUCUGAUCUCCGGUUGAAAUCUCUCUCUGCUCUAAACACAGUUAUUCCCAGCCCUGGGUGUGCAGGGGAGCUAUUCUGGAAAAGCUUAAGAAAUAAACAAAUCAUGGGCCGGAGUGAUAGCACAGCGGGUGGGGCGUUUGCCUUGCACGCGGCCGACCCGGGUUCGAUCCCUAGCAUCCCAUAUGGUCCCCCCAAGCACAGCCAGGAGUAAUUCCUGAGUGCAGAGCCAGGAGUAACCCCCGAGCAUCGUUGGGUGUGACUCAAAAAGCAAAAAAAAUUAAAAAAUAAACAAAUCAGUGGCUCAAAGAUAGCCAAAAAUCUUUUCAUGAAAACGCAACCUUCUCUAGCGAUGUUAGAAUGAAAAUCAAAUGAAGGAUAUCGGAGGGACAGAAAGGCAUCGACACGCUGGCAUCGGGAAAGCACGAGAAUUAAAAAGAAUAAAAAUAAAAAAGCUGGAGUCGGUCCCAGAACCCAAGAUGUCCCAAUAGCCUUUCGCUUCCUUUUUCUCUAUUUUUGGUAUUUUUGCAGGAUGCAAGGAUGCUUUCGUUCAAGUGAGGGGGAAAGUUUCUCACUCAGCCUUACUUCCUUUCUUACUCCUCCUUCCUUUCCCUGGCUGGGGAGGUAGCAGAUCAUCUGCCCAUCUAUUUCUAUUAAUUUUGUUUCCGUUCAUGACUUCUUGAAUGAAAACUAGUUCUGAGCCCCCCCACCCCCCCCCCCGCCCAACUGUGCUGGCAAGACACAGCCGUGAGCGCCCCUUCCUCUCUCCACACUGGCCAAGUAGGUGUUUCCGUAAUUCCAUAUGUUAUGUAUAGUACACUCUUUAAAUGUAAUGUAAUGCUUGUUAAGAGAAGUGCAAUUUAUUGUAUAUUGUCUCCACAGAUGUUUACUUUUCUAAUUGUUUUGAACUUGAAUUGGACUAGUAUCUCGUUUUCCUGUGUGAAUGAAGCCUUGUGAAAUAAACAGGAAGGUAACGGGGA